GGGAGGCUGAGGCGGCUGAGGUGGCCGCUGGGGCUGAGUCGGCGGGCGCGGCCGGGAUGGCGAAGAGCCGCGGAGAGAACGGGCCGCGCGGGCCCGCGGCCGAAGGAAGUCUGUCGGGGACCCGGGAGAGCCUGGCACCGGGCGCCGACGCCGCAGCGGCCGACGAGCUCAGCUCUCUCGGCUCCGACUCGGAGGCCAACGGCUUCGCCGAACGCCGCAUCGACAAGUUCGGCUUCAUCGUGGGCUCGCAGGGCGCCGAGGGCGCGCUAGAGGAAAUCCCUCUGGAGGUGCUGAGGCAGAGGGAAUCCAAGUGGCUGGAUAUGCUCAACAACUGGGACAAAUGGAUGGCCAAGAAACACAAAAAGAUCCGUCUGCGGUGCCAGAAGGGCAUCCCACCUUCUCUGCGGGGCCGUGCUUGGCAGUACUUGUCAGGAGGCAAGGUGAAGCUACAGCAGAAUCCUGGAAAGUUUGACGAGCUGGACAUGUCUCCUGGGGACCCCAAGUGGCUAGAUGUGAUUGAGCGUGACCUGCACCGGCAAUUCCCUUUCCAUGAGAUGUUUGUGUCCCGGGGAGGCCAUGGCCAGCAGGACCUAUUCCGUGUGCUGAAGGCCUACACCCUAUACCGACCUGAGGAGGGAUACUGCCAGGCCCAGGCACCCAUUGCUGCUGUUCUGCUCAUGCACAUGCCUGCUGAGCAAGCCUUCUGGUGCCUGGUGCAGAUCUGUGAGAAGUACCUGCCUGGCUACUACAGUGAGAAACUGGAGGCGAUCCAACUGGAUGGGGAGAUCCUCUUCUCACUGCUGCAGAAGGUGUCACCCGUGGCCCACAAGCACCUUAGCAGGCAGAAGAUCGACCCGCUGCUUUAUAUGACAGAGUGGUUCAUGUGUGCCUUUGCCCGCACCCUGCCCUGGAGCUCUGUGUUGCGCGUCUGGGAUAUGUUCUUUUGCGAAGGAGUCAAGAUCAUCUUCCGGGUGGGGCUGGUGCUGCUGAAACAUGCAUUGGGCUCUCCUGAAAAGCUGAAAGCCUGCCAGGGCCAGUACGAAACUAUCGAGCAGCUGCGGAGCCUUAGCCCCAAGAUCAUGCAGGAGGCCUUCCUGGUCCAGGAGGUGGUUGAGUUGCCAGUGACAGAGCGCCAGAUUGAACGUGAGCACCUCAUUCAGCUGCGGCGCUGGCAAGAGACCCGGGGUGAGCUGCAGUGCUGCUCCCCACCCAGGCUGCAUGGUGCCAAGGCCAUCCUGGAGGCGGAGCCAGGCCCCCGGCCCACACUGCAACCCUCACCAUCCAUCCGCCUGCCCCCAAAUGCCCCCCUCCCUGGCUCCAAAGGCAAGCCCAAGCCAUCCAAACAGAGCCAGAAGGAGAAGGAGCAGUGGAAGCAGGCAAAGGCAAGUGGGCAGCUGGACAAGCCCCCAACCCCAAGUCAAGCCAAGGUGGCAGCCGCUGCAAGAGAUGCAUGUCCCCCACAGGAUGUGCCCCCAAAGGAUCCAGCCCACCAGGACCCAGCUCUGCAGGACUCACCUCCCCAGGAUUCAGCCCACCACCAUUCCCAGGAGAGCCUGACGUCCCAGGAGAGUGAGGACACCUACUUGUAACUCUGGCAUCUCAGGCCUGUGGUGUGGGGUCUUCACAUACCUACACGGUUCAUGAACUGACAUUCGAGGGCCUGCCCACGCACUGAGGACCCAGCUGCCUGGCCACUGGGUGGCAGAGAGUCUGGCUGGCCCAGCACAGAUUCUGCCUGAGCCUCCUUAUUUAUUUUCUCCAGAGUGGAGCUUGGGCCAGCCCAGCUGGGACAGGCAGAAAUGAGGGCCCAUGGGUGGGGCCUCACUCAGCACCCUCCUCCUGGGGGGAUGCUCCGCAGAGGUAGGGUGCUGAUGUGAGGAGAGAGGGUGGGGUAAAGGGUGGGGUGCUUUUUGUGUAAAAUAGAAAAAUGGUUUUGUACAGAAAUAAAUAGGCUUGUGUAGAGAGUUGCUGUGCAGCUAGGGACUGGGAAGGAGAGCCACCUUUGGUGCUCAGCAUCUCCCCUGUGCCCUAUAGAGCCUCCCAUCCUUGCCCCAGCCCAGCAUGAGGGCCUUUCUAGAAAUGCUUUGGCCAUUGGGGUUGCCAAGUCCAGGGCCAGUCCUGUUCCUGGCUCCCACUUUAUCUCACCCCAUCCCCUCUGCUCCAUGUCCACCAGUUGCCAUGGAUGAGGGUCACCUGAGCUAGAGCCCAGUGCUGGAGCAUUGCAUGGCCUGCUUCCCAGGCCUUGAUGCCUACCCACCUCUGAGGGAGAGGGACUCCUUAAGAAGGUCUUUUCAGGACCUUCCUCCACCAAAGCCUGACAUGGAUACCACUUCAGACCCCAGUAAGGGUCUGAGUGUUCAUUUUGGGUUGAGUGCUGGUGCCAGCGGUGGGGGACCAUGAAUGCCCUUACGUGCUAAGUCCAGGCCUCCAUUGGAGGUAGAGGGGUGAGGGGAGAAGUUUGGGUAUUUGAUAAAAGGUUGCCUGUUUCCUGAGCACUUAGCAUUUGCCAGGCUGGGCUGGUUAUAUCACCUGCUGAUCAGGUAGGCUCUAUUAUUAUCCCCAUUUUACAGAUGAGCAAACAGAGGAGCUGAGUGGGAAAGAUGAAGCUGGUUGAUUUGCACCUAGAGUCCCUCAGCUACCUCUCCUGAGCAGGGUUCCUGGUGACCUGGUAAUGCCAUUGAGGGCCAAGGCAGGCGCUACGGUCACAACCCGAUG